GAUGGUAUUAACUGGAAGAUAAGUAACCAAUCUGACUAUAUAGUAUUACCGUUGGAUAGUAAGAUUUGGAGGUCGUAUUUAUAUGGGAUAUCAGUACAUAUUGAUGAUAGUAGUUCAGAUGAAUCCAAAGUGAAAACAUUAAGAGUUGACAGUGCUAAAGAACAAUAUUUAUUUAACGAUUUGGCAUCAGUGAAUUACAGUAUAUCUCUUCAAGCUUAUUCAGUGGCUGGAGCAGGACCAGAAAGUAGUGCUGUAUUUGCUGUACCACUAAAGGCUACAACAGAUACUGGCUGGAAUCUAAAAUGGAUCAUCAUUGUAACAGUGGUACUUUCUGUGGUUUCAUUUAUUUUUUGUUUGUUUUUUUGUAAUAGAAAGCGUAUUUGUAAACUGAAAAGAUACAAGAUUAAAACACCUAUUAAUAAAAGUUUAUCUAAUCAGAGUCCAAUGUAUUGUGGACUUGAUACAAACUCACCAACAUAUGAUGGUGUACCUUCAACACCAAAUAUUGAGAUUUUAAAUGAAGAGGAGAUAUUAACUGUUGAUAGAAAAAGUAACAGUGCAAAAUUAUCAAACACCAAAAAUGCCUUUAAUGGAACUAAAACUCAAGAUUUUUUAAAUCCUAUGUUUACUACAAGCAAUGGAUAUUGUCCAAACGAUACAUUCAAAUCAGAAAAUAAUACCCAUGAACAACUAAAUACUGCCAUCUCAAAUAAUACUCAUAUCAGCGAAGUAGAUUUACACAAUUGCCAAACAACAAAUCAACUCAACAACCUAAGUUCAAACAUUUCCAGUUGCACACUGUUGACAGUUCAUGAAAGUCCUGAUCUAGAUGAAACUAAAUGCACAGAUGAAAACAUUUUGAGGAACACUACAUGCGAUGAUUUGGAUCGUCAUGGUUUUAAAGAUAGAUUUGACAGCAGCUUACAGGUAAAUGCUGACCAUAAAUUUACUCCAGAAGUUGCAGAAGUGAACAAUUAUAUUCAAGUUGAUCAGGUAAAAGAUGUUUUACCUAAUGAAGCUAGUGUGAUAGGAAGUGACCACAAAGUUAGUUCAGAUCCUGGAGUUGCAGAAGUGAAUGAUUAUAUUCAAGUUGAUCAGAUGCCAAUAAGUACAAUAAUAACCCAACCUUCAUUGAGUGUUGGGGAAGCUGUUGAAUAUAAACCAGUUGGUUUAGACUCCAAAGGAACCGGUUCAUCAAGUGUCAGUAGCUAUGUGACUGUAGGGCUUGAGAAAGACUACGGAAAUAGAGACAGUAACUGCUAA